GCGGGUCGCGGGGCCACUGUGUUGGUUUUUUCUUGGCGCGGCGCAAAUAAUAACUAUAAUAAAAACAAAAACAUCAACAGAAAACAUGGUAGCUUUACGAUCUUAAUUCCUCUAAACUGAAUAUUAAUUUUUUGUUUUGCUUUUUUCCAUAACCUAAACAAACUGAGCAUGCCUCCACGAAAACGGGCCCGGACAUCACAAAGAGCUCCACAUGCAUCAUCAUCGGAUGGAAACAAGGGUCCAUCGGAUCAAGCGACACCGAAAUCUGGCCAGCCAAAAAGUCAAGAAACACCACCGUCACCGCCGAAUAGGAAACGUCAGCAGACACAGCCGGCACCGCCGAAUAGGAGCGAAGGUCACGUGGACAGCCCGGGACAAUCAGUUAAGCUGACCAAUGUUUGGAUAAUAGGGUCCUCCCUAAUAAAAGGAGCGUACCAUAGACUAGCCUUUAGACUGGAUGGCAACAGUUUAGGUUUGCAACAUUAUAAUGUCAGGAUCACGUGGGAAUUUCUCAGUGGCAUGAGAAUUAGAGAUAUACGCAGGUCUGUACAAUAUUUACUACAAUUUAAAGAUGAACCAGACAUGAUUGUCAUUCAUUGUGGUGGAAAUGACAUAGGCACCAAAUCCACUUGGGACAUAACAUUCGAAUUCAAAAUGUUGAUAACUGAUUUCCUGCAGCCAUUACUGCCCAACACUAGGCUUAUCUGGUCACAAAUUCUUCCGCGCAGAACCUGGCGUUAUGUACCAUACACACCAACUGCGGAAAACAUUAGAAAACGUAUCAACAGUUCUCUCGCAACAUUUGUUAUUAGAAACGGAGGUGGCUAUAUAAAAUACGCUGACAUUUCUUUAGAAAAAACAAUUUUUUCACACGGAUGA